AUGGCGUCGGGGGUGGCCGGGCCGCCCCAGGAGGCCAUGGAACCCAGCAGCAAACUGGACAAGGAAAUUCUGGUGCUGAGAGCAAGGGUCCAAGCCCUGGAUCUGGAAAGAAAAGCAUUCCUCAGCCUGGUUGAGCAGCUCAAAGAGGAGAUCUGUGAGUACCAGAAGAGUGAGAAGCCAGGAAUUCCCCUGCCUGCUCCAGCUGAGCCUGAGGCAAUCCCAGCACCCUCACUGCAGUCCCAGGCCACAAAAGAUGGGAGAGACCAAGUUGCAAGCAAAGCUGUCUCAGAUCAAGAUGAAAGACAUCAGAGUAGUGAAACACUUCAUAAAAAGUGCCAGGAAGGGACUGGAAACGUGGAGGGAAGGAAUUCUCAGCUCCUUCACAACCUGCAAAAGCUGGAGCAGGAGCAGGAGGAUUUGGUGGAGUGCAGUGAAGAGCUGGAAUCCUUUCUGGGAGAAGCCCACAUCCAAACCAAACAGAGGGAACAGCUGGAGAGUGAGGGACUUCACCAGAAAAUGACAAGUUUAGGAGCUGAGCUACUUGAAGGCUGGAAGAACAGAACUGAGAUGAGUGGGGAAGAGCAGGCAUCACCUGGAGCCCAAGAGCUGCAAGAGAUGCUGGAAAGCUGUCAGGAAACGAUUGAAAAGUUGGGAAGUCAGCUGGGAGAGAGGAGAGAAUGGAGAAGACAACUUGUAUCUGAGCUUGAACUUCAAGGGGAAGAUCUGAAGGCUGAAAAGAAGGUAUUGAGUGGGCAGGGACCCACAGCUCCUGCAGCAGAACCCACUACAGGAGGCAAUUUUCUUUUCUGACUCUUUAAAACAUCCCCACCUGCUCCUCAAGUGUCCCAAAGGAAAUCAAAGUCGUGGUGUUUUCUGACCUUACAGCUCUCUGAACUCCUACCAGAAAGAGAAGAGAUGAACAAACCUGAGCAGGCAGCUGAAGAUCUCUGUAUAGAUGGGAAGAUGGAUGAAGAAGAGAUGGCCAAAGUAGUGUUUUUGGAAGAACAGAUCAGAAACUUGAGAGAUGAACAAGAACUGCUCUGUUCUCAGUUACUUGAAAGCAACAAGAAGAGGGAGAAGCUAGAAAAGCAGCUAAAGGAGAGUAAUGAAGAGAAACAGUUGUUACUGGAAGAAAUUGCCCAAUUAAAAGAAGAUAUCCUGACUGCCCAGGAGCAGGGCAAGAGCAUCCUUGAGGGGACUUGGAUGAUGGAUCAAGGCCUGGUGCACAGAGAGAGGUUUCUGGUGUCCCAGAGCUCUGCAGGGAGUUUAGAUGGGAGCAUUAAACAGAGCCUGUCUGAGAGCUGCCAGCAGCAGGAGGCAAAACUGCGGCAGCUGCGCCAGGACUUGGGUCGUGUCCAGAGCUUGUGCAGCUCAGCUGAGAGGGAGCUGAGGUAUGAGAGGGAGAAGAACAUCGACCUGCAGAAACAAAACCUCUUGCUCCAGCAGGAAUGCUCCAAGGUCAAAGCUGAGCUGAAGCAAGCCCUGGCAAAACUCGCGGACACAACAGAAACGUGCUCCUCUCUCUCAGCAGAGUGGCAAAAGAGCCAACAGAAGGUCAAAGAACUUGAAAAAGAGCUCUUGAAGUGCUCCCAGGCUGAUAAACUGCAGAGCAGUCUGCAAGAGAAACUUGCACAGGAGAAAUCCAAAGUGUGUGCAGCACAGAAGAAGAUUUCCAAACUCCAUCGAAAGCUGAAAGAUUCCCAGCAUCAGCUGCUGCUGGCAGAAGCCUGGGCUUCAAACAAGAAACUCCUGGAGGAGAAAUUGAAGGAAGCCCGAGAAAAUGAAGCUCAUGUGCAGCAAGAACUUCAUGAGGAGCAGCUGAAAAGGGAGCUCCUGGAGCAGCAGGUGGAGGAGCUGAGGCAGCAGCUCCAGCACUCACAGGAGGCAGAGGUGUCCCUGGCCAAGAUGCAGGUGGAGCUGCAGACCAGGACUCCCCCUGUCCUGGAAGAGGAGAAGAAAAGUGACUCGUGUGAGCACCUCCAGUGUCAGAAGGAGAACCAGAAGCUUUUAGAGCAACUUGCACUGCUUAAGGAGGAAAACAAAGCCCUUUAUGAGGAAGGAGUUCGUCUGCUGAACCAGAAGGAUCUCUAUGUCAGGAAAUACAACGAAAUGCAGCUCCACCACAAAGAGAAGAUCCGUAGAGCCAAGGAGACCUUUAUCCAGGAGGUGAAACAGAGGGACACCAGGAUUAAGCAGCUUGAAAAUGAGCUCAGUGAGUCCAAGCUCCAAGUGGAAAAGGGGAAGGCACUGAUUGCACAGAUCACCUCUGAGAAUGAGAAACUGCUCCAGGAGAGGAGAAGGCUCCUCCAGAAGAUCACUGACCAAGAUGAGAGCCCGUGGAGCAACCUGUCCCCCAUUGCCACCCUGCAGAGCAGGGGGAAGAUCCCAGAGGAGGAGAAGGAGCAGAACAAAGCCCAGCUCUGCAGCCGUGCACCCAGGAACAGCCAAGUUCCCAACCUGGAGGACUCAAAGAGUGGCAACUUCUCUGAAUGCCACCCACAGAGGAAGCUGCUGCCAUCUCCCCGGACCAGGUUCUCAUCUCGAGAUCCCUCGGACUCUCUCAGCACCCUGAAGACCCCACAAGAGCUGAAGCCUGCAGGAGAAGCUGAAAGCCAAGAUUCUUCCUUCUGUUUGUCCCCCUCUCAGCCCUCUGAGAUUGGGUACUUAAAUGUAGCUUCACCUGGAGACACCUCAGCUUCCCAGCUGCAGGAGGAGAGCCAGAGCAUCAGCUCCCAGAACUUGUAA